AUGUGCUUCUUGAACAAGCCCGCGCGCAAAGUAAAAGUGAAGAAGCGCCGCAGUCAGGAUGGCUCUGGCAAGCUGUACACCGCUUUCGUGGUGGCUGGAGAAGGUGCAGAAGAACGCGUGCUCAUCAUGGACCGGAACCUUUACAGUAGCGAGGAAGAGGCUGUUCGGCGGCUAAGCGUCAUGCUAGUCGAGGAGUGGCGCGAGAAGCAGGGUAUGAAUUUCUUCUAA